GUGGGUGAGUAUGUGUAGUCCUGUAUACCAUGCGAUAGAUCAAGCAUCCUGUUGCUACUUCCCAAAAGCGCCUGCCAUAGUGGUCGGUUAUGCGAUGCUGCCGAUCCCGGAUCCUGCAGACCGAGUCGGGGCAAAACUCUAAAAAAAUGUCACAACCUCAAUACCAACCUCGGUCUCUCCACGUCCCCAUCUGUGCGCAUACGACUCAAUCAUGACGAAAACUGUUGGUGUCCUCGGCGGCGGCCAGCUUGGCCGCAUGAUGGUUGAACCGGCCAACCGCAUGAGAAUUCCGAUCAACAUCCUCGACAGUGCUGGUGCGCCUGCAAAGCAGAUCAGCGCACACGAUGGCCACGUCGACGGCUCUUUCAAAGAUGCCGAGUCCAUCAGAAAGCUUGCCAAGACCUGCGAUGUCGUCACCGUAGAAAUCGAGCACGUUGAUACCAAGGUGCUUGAAGAAAUUGAGGGAACUGUGGAGCUCUGUCCUCAUUGGAGUACAGUCAGAAUCAUCCAGGACAAGUAUGCGCAGAAAGAUCACCUGCGCUCCCACGGCGUCGCUACUGCGGAGUCAAAGAGCAUCGACCAAGCCACCGAAGAGAACCUUAAAGCAGUUGGAGCUUCGUUCGGUUACCCUUUCAUGCUGAAGUCAAAGACUGAGGCAUACGAUGGCCGUGGCAACUUCCCUAUAAAGUCCGAAGCGGAUAUCCCCGAAGCUCUCAAGCAGCUCGGCAACCGUCCACUUUACGCUGAGCGGUGGGCCGAGUUCACGAUUGAGCUGGCUGCUAUGGUUGUCAAUACGAAGGACGGCACUUAUGCUUACCCUACCACGGAAACCAUCCACGAAAACAGCAUUUGCAAGCUCACCUACACUCCAGCUCGGGGUGUAUCCCGUGAAGUUGCGAAGAGGGCAGAGGAGUUGGCAAAGAAGGCCGUCGCAACCUUUAAGGGCAAGGGUAUCUUUGGCGUAGAGAUGUUCCUCCUGAAGGACAAUACGCUUCUCGUCAACGAGAUCGCCCCUCGUCCCCACAACAGCGGUCACUACACAAUCGAGGGCUGUCAUGUCUCACAAUUCGAGGCUCACCUCCGCGCCAUUACCGACGAAGCCCUGUCAGAGGAUGACUUGCAAUUGCGCGAACCUGCGGCUGUUAUGCUGAACGUACUCGGUGGAAAGACGCCGGAUUCUCACCUCAAGGUCUACGAAGCCGCCAAAAAGAGCCCACGUAUUAGAAUUCACGACUACGGCAAGGCUGAGGCUCGUCCGGGGCGCAAAAUGGGGCACUUGACAGUGACUGCGCGCAGCAUGGGAGAGGCCGAAGCCUUGAUCCAGCCGCUCAUUGACGAGGUGGACAGACAGGCUGGCAAGACGGUCGAAUCUCAUGCUCCCCCGAAGCGUCAGCCCACCGUUGCUGUUAUCAUGGGCUCCGACUCUGAUAUGCCCGUGCUCAAGGCUGGCUUCGAUAUUCUGACCAAGUUUGAUAUCCCGUUCGAGACGCGUAUUACUUCCGCGCACCGCACGCCUGAGUGGAUGGUCGAAUAUGUCAAGAGUGCCGAGGGCAGGGGCUUCAAGGCUAUCAUCGCCGCGGCUGGAGGUGCUGCCCACUUGCCCGGUAUGGCGGCUGCUUUAACUGUCCUGCCUGUGAUCGGCAUCCCUGUCAAGGCGAGCGUUUUGGAUGGUGUCGACAGUCUGUAUAGCAUCGUGCAGAUGCCACGUGGAGAGCCUGUCGCCACCGUCGGUAUCAACAACUCGACAAAUGCUGCACUGCUGGCGGCCAGGGUCCUGAGUGUCGCAGACCCAAGCAUCGGCCAGAAGCUGCACGAUUACUUCGAGACAAAUGAGAGGGAGGUUCUGGAGAAGGAUGCGAAACUGUUAGAGAUGGGCCCUCAGGCAUAUCUGGCGCAGAUGCCGGCGAAGAAGUGAGCACGUGAGGCAGCCCCUGGGACCCGGAAAGAUCUCGGAGACGAUAUCAAAAUUUACAGCACACGAUAACUGGGUUCUAAGAAGCAUGAUAGAAAAUCUCUAUGAUUGACCAAUAUUCGCUAUCCAAACGCAUGGUAUGCUUCGUCACCGGUUACAGAUCUGAAGAUACUUUAUGCGAUCUUCAUCGCACUCGUACCGUACGUCAUUGUUUGUUAACACAGGAAGGUUGUUUUUCAGUUGAGAAAAGUAUUUAGUUCAAUCCAGCAAAGGAUUCUUUACAG